UAAGCCAAUCCCCCACCUCUCUUGCUCCACAUUGUAGAGUAGAAAACCUCUGAAUCAUGAGGAGUAUGUCCUUGAACAAUUAUCCGCUGUAAAGCAUGUCCAGAAAACAGGACUUCUGGUCUAUUUUUUUAGGAAGGAAAUAGUCCAGGGGAUACAAUAUUAUCCUAAUUAAGUUUGAGUUAUGGCUAACCUCGAACUAACUUUAGCUAUAGAGGAAGAAGAAGACGAAGAUGAAGAAACUUCACUUGUGCAGGACUCGGAUGAAGAGCAAGUUACUGACAGGUGCCCCCCACCUCUUACAUUUUCAAAUUCAACGACGAUCAAGUCAUCAAUGUUGGCAAUCCUUUGUUGGGGAUGCUUCUUGGCAGUGGAAAUUCCUAGAGUUUUUUUUCGUAUUACAGGGGUACUAAUAGUGACAACUGUUAAACUUAUUUGUUAUCUUAUAAAGGCAACAAUAGUGAUAACUAUUGGAGGCAUAUAUUUUCUGGUCCAACGGAUAAACUGGAGAAAGAUAUUUGUCAUAUCAUGUGUGAUUUCUGUUAUUGUCGACCCAUUGUUCCUCUACAUUCCUAUCAUCAACCAGGAUCUCAAGUGCAUCGACAUGGACAAAGCAUUGAAUAAGACAGCUUUUGCUUUGAGAGCAGUCGCAGAUUUCUCUUACUUUGUCGACUUACUUGUUCGACUUAAAAUAUCAAAGACCAUUUGGCAGUCAUGCAUCCUAAUUGACAUUUUAGCUCUUCUUCCACUUCCACAGGUGGUAAUUAUCCUUUUCUUUUCUAAAGCAAAGGGCUGGAGAUCUUUGAACAUAGCGAUGCUUAUGAAUUCUCUUGCUAUGGUGCAAUAUGUGCCACGGAUUCUUCGAAUUUACUUCUCAUGUAAGGAACUUAAAGAGAGUUUUAAUGAACGUAUUGGACUAUGGAUUAAAAGUGUACUCAAUUUCUUUAUGUACAUCCUUGCUAGUCAUGUACUCGGAGCUUUUUGGUACUUUUUUGCUAUUCAAAGAAUGAAGACUUGCUGGCAACUUGCAUGUCGAACUGAAAUUGGAUGUGAACCUCAUAGUUUUGUUUGUGAUGACCUGUUCAGAAAUACCACAUCUCUAAAUGACUUAUGUCCAAUAAACCCACAAAAUGAAACGCUCUUUGAUUUUGGUAUAUUUGUUGACGUCCUUAAAUCUGGUAUAUCCAAGUCAACAAAUCAUCCACAAAAAUUCUCCAAUUGUUUCUGGUGGGGCUUGCGAAAUUUGAGCUCUCUUGGUUCGAACCUCCAGCCCAGUAUCACUACAUGGGAGAACCUCUUUGCGGCUUUUGUUUCUAUUAUUGGCCUGCUACUAUUUAUAUAUCUCAUUGGAAAUUUGCAGAUGUACAUGCAGUUCGACGCUGCAAGAGAAGAGGCACGUAAAGAACGUGUUAAUCAAGAGAUGAAAACGGAACGGAGGUUGAAAGAGAAAGAUAGAGAGAUAGCAUUCUGGUUAUCUGAGAAUGUCAACAUCCCUCAAAAUGAGAAGGAUAAGGUAAAGUCACAGAUCAUGAGAACGGUGAAACACGAACUUGAGGAACUCAGGGGUGGUGACGUGGAGGAGAUCCUCUCUAUUCUUCCCUCUGAACUUCAAAGCUAUCUCAAUUCCCAUAUGAUGUGGAAAAAGUUACAGAGAGUUCCAAAGCUUGACUCACUGGACGAACAAGUAUUGAAAGCGAUCUGGAAGCAUUCUAAGACUUUGAAAUAUGCUGCAAAGACCAAUAUUAUUAAGGAGAAUGAACCGAUUGAUAAGAUGUUCUUCAUCAUAGAAGGAGUUGUAAAGAUUGAAAGUAGUAGGACUACGGAUCGUUCUUCUGCGCAGCUUAAAGCAGGAGAUUUCUUUGGAGAAGAACUUGUAGAUUGGGCAACAAUUGCUGUAUUUCCUAACUUAUUACCCUUGUCGACCAGUAGCGCCAAGGCCACCAAAGAUGUCAAAGCCCGUGUUCUCCUGGCCAGCGACUUGUGUGAUGUAGUCAGUCUUUUCCGGGACCAUUUCCGUAAGAGGAAGCGCCCCCCACCUGACCUCGCUGGGUUUAACUGCGCAUCAGCACCUCCCCCACCUCACCGGACAGUGUCAGGUCUAACUGCCUAUAGACCUUGGUAAAUCUGCCUCCUACUCUGCACUAAUCACAUAUUGAACCAGCUCAUGUAAAUAAAUCCUUUUCCUGUUUUUUCUGUUGCAUUAAUAAUGCACCAAAAAUUCUACCGUAUAACAAGCAGACGAUGGAUACCUCAAGUUCUGCUUCUGCUGCCACUACUACUGUUGGGGACUUGGAACAUGUAUUUCACUGUUCUUUUCUAAGUUGUCGACAAAAGC